AUGGCGUUGGAUUUCGGCCAAACGGCCAGCCAGAUGAUGUCAGCCAUGGGCCACCUGUCGGCCACGGCGAGAUCGCGCCGGCAAAGGUUCGCGGACACGCUGGACCGGGCUUCAGCCAUCUCUCCCGACGAGGCCGGCCGGCGCACCGCGUCCGCAGGUGGUCGCCCGUUCAUCGCGGCGCGCACCGGAGAUGAGGGGCUGCUGGCCAGCAUCCCGCCGCCAUCGCCGCCGCGGGACUGGAUGGCGGUCUCGGUGGACGGCUCCCACAUCGACGUGGACCGCCACCUGCCGCUGCGCUGUUACCUGGUCAACCUGGGCGGGUGCGCCAUAACCUACGGCGCGUAUCCCGAUUGCCAGUUUUUCAGCGAGCCAACCCUGGCCACCGGCGACGGCGAUCUCUACCUGCGCCCGGAUGACGGCUCCCGGGGUGAAACCCCGAUCUCCGGCCAACUGCUGGGCGCGCUACGCACGGUGCGCGAGGUGGAACGGCUGGCCGAUGCCGUCGCGUCGUCGUCGCCGGACGUGCCGGUGCUGGCGUUGCUUGACGGCACCCUGGCAUUCUGGGACCUGCAGCGCGGCAAUUACCCCAGGUACGUUCUGGAUACUUUGGUAAAUAAUCGUCUGCGCGCAGCGUUGGCCCGGCUGCGUGCGGCUUCCCGAGGCCGGCGCCGGGUGGCGCUGGCCGCUUACACUUCCCGACCUCAGACCACGGAAGUGGCCGGAGCCGUCCGCGCUUGCCUGUGCGUCAGCAACGUGGCGGAGUGCACCCGACGUUGCAGCGCGCGCCGGUCCGACCUGGCCCAGUGUGACAGCGCGGCGGGUUUCGACGACCGGGAACUGUUCGAUGCGUUGCUGGAACCGGGCCACCGCUCGCCGCUCUAUCAAACGGGUCGCCGCGCGUCGCACUUCGCCCUUGACCUGGCGGUGGGUACCGAGUGGAGCCGGUUCUACUACGUGAACAGCGGCACCGAAGUCGCCCGUGUCGAGGUGCCCGACUGGGUCGCCGAGGACCCCGAGUUGCUUGCACUGGGACACUCCAUGCUGGCGAGACAAUGCGAACUCGGCCUCGGGUACCCCGUGGUAAUCUCGGAAGCCCACGAGCAGGCCGUCGUCAACGGAAGAGACCGCGAGGAGUUUCGGAAACUCGCGCUGAUGCUCAUGGAACAAAACGGGUUGCCGACCUCCGAAUCGGCCAAAACCCUUUCGAAACGACUUGCCAUGGGUGUGACCGCGCCGGUUUCCCGCGCGCGGGCGUUCCCACCGGGAGCAUUACCCAGGCUGGACAAAUGA